UAACAAAUCCCUUAUAUACGCAUGCCUCCCACCGGGCGCGUCCUCGGAAAAGAACUCACAGCAGCCCACAGCUAGCGAGUCGGCGACCCCGAGGUCAGAGGGUGGUGGCCGGUGGGCGCGCACCACGGCUGGUCUACUGCUACUCGGCUUCCUUCUACUUGUACACACACACCCACCAACGUCGCCACGACCGCGACAGAGCCACGCGGAGGAGGCGGCGGCGAGACGACCACGAGCCGGCAAGGCAACGUCCGAGCCUCCGAGGAGCGCGACGAGAAGGCGACCGCGGCAGCAAUGCAGCAGCAGCAGGCGCCCCGCCACGCGAAGACGGACUCCGAAGUGACGUCCAGCAUGGCGCAGUCGUCGCCGCCGCGGGCGGCAUACUACGUGCAGUCGCCCAGCCACGACGACGGGGAGAACAAGACCGCCGUCUCCUCCUUCCACUCCUCCCCCGCCGCGUCCCCGCCGCGCUCGCUGGGGCGCGCCUCCAGGGACUCCUCCUCCUCCCGCUUCUCCGCCAAGGGGCCCUCCGCCUCCUCCUCCCGCCGCGGGGCCGGCGGCGAGCCCGGCGCCCGCGGUCAGAACGGGGGCCGCGGCGGCACCCCGUGGAUGAAGGACGCCAUCGAGGAGGAGGGCCUGCUCAUGGACGACGACGACGUCGACGGGUACGGCGCCGGCGGGGGGCUCCCGAAGCGGUGGCGCUACGCGCUGGGCUUCGUCGGCGCCUUCUUCGCGCUCUUCUUCUUCUUCGCGCUCAUCCUCUGGGGCGCCAGCCGCAACCAGAGGCCCGUCGUCGCCAUGCAGAGCAUCACGUUCCACAACUUCGUGAUCCAGGCCGGCACGGACGCGUCGCUGGUGCCGACGGAGAUGUCCACGCUCAACGCCACGGUGAGGCUCACGUUCCGCAACACGGGGAGCUUCUUCGGCGUGCACGUCACCGCGCAGCCCGUCACGCUCUACUACUACCAGCUCCUCAUGGCCUCCGGCAACCUGAAGUACUUCUACCAGGCGCGGAAGAGCCAGCGGAGCCUGACGGUCGCGGUGGCCGGCGACAAGGUGCCACUGUACGGCGGCGGGUCGGGGCUGAGCAGCACCCCCACGAAGCUGCCGCCGGCGAAGAAGCGCGAGCCGCCGGUGGUGGUGCCGCCGCCGCCGGUGCCGCUGCAGCUGGCGGUGCGGGUGCGGUCGCGCGCGUUCGUGCUGGGCAGGCUGGUGAAGCCCAAGUUCUACAGCGAGGCUCGGUGCAGCGUGACGCUGGACCAGACGAAGAUGGGCAAGGCCGUCUCCCUCAAGAAGGCGUGCACCUACAGCCACUAGCGAGCCAUCUGCUACCAGCCUCCUCCUCCUCCUCGUCGCCGCCGUCUUCUUCUUCUUCUUCGAUGUUGUUGUUGUUGUUGAAUACUACUAUACACUGCGUACCUGAGAUUAUUUGGAUGGGUAGAUUACUAUGUACAGUUAAAUUUUGCCGCGCGCGCGCGCGCGUUUGAGAUGGAAUAAGAGUCGCACGUUUCUGGCU